CUCUGUAUGUCAAAAAAGUUUUUCUGUUUCUAGUACUCUCAAAUAUCACAUGAGAACUCAUACGGGAGAGAAACCAUAUACUUGCUCUGUAUGUCAAAAAAGUUUUUCUGAUUCAAGUACUCUCAAAUGUCACACGAGAACUCAUACGGGAGAGAAACCAUAUACUUGCUCUGUAUGCCAAAAAAGUUUUUCUGAUUCAAGAGCUCUCAAAUAUCACAUUAGAACUCAUACAGGAGAGAAACCAUAUACUUGCUCUGUAUGUCAAAAAAGUUUUUCUGAUUCAAGUACUCUCAAACGCCACGUGAGAACUCAUACGGGAGAGAAACCAUUUACUUGCUCUGUAUGUCAAAAAAGUUAUUCUGGUUCAAGUGCUCUCAAAUAUCACAUGAGAACUCAUACGGGAGAGAAACCAUUUACUUGCUCUGUAUGUAAAAAAAGUUUUCUAUUUCAAGUGCUCUCAAAUAUCACAUGAAAACUCAUACGGGGAAGAAACCAUAUACUUGCUCUGUAUGUCAAAAAGGUUUUUCGUAUUCAGGCACUCUCAAAUGUCACAUGAGAGCUCAUACGGGAGAGAAACCAUACACUUGCUCUGUAUGUCAAAGAAAUUUUUCUGUUUCAAGUAAUCUCACAAAACACAUGAAAACUCAUACGGGCGAGAAACCAUAUACUUGCUCUGUAUGUCAAGAAAGUUUUUCUCAAUCAAAUGAUCUCAAAUCACACAUGAGAACUCAUACAGGAGAGAAACCAAAUACUUGCUCUGUAUGUCGAAAAAGUUUUUUUGAUUCAAGUACUCUCACAAAACACAUGAGAACUCAUACAGGAGAGAAACCAUAUACUUGCUCUGUAUGUCAAAAAAGUUUUUCUUAUUCAGUUGCUCUCAAAUGUCACAUGAAAACUCAUACGGGAGAGAAACCAUAUACUUGCUCUGUAUGUCAAAGAAGUUUUUCUGAUUCAAGUAAUCUCAAAUGUCACAUGAGAACUCAUACAGGAGAGAAACCAUAUACUUGCUCUAUAUGUCCACGAAAUUUUUCUGUUUCAAGUCAUCUCAUUUAUCACAUGAAAACUCAUACGGGAGAGAAACCAUAUACUUGCUCUGUAUGUCAAAAAAGUUUUUCUGUUUCAAGUCAUCUCAAAACCCACAUGAAAACUCAUGCAUGAGAAAAAGCAUUCAUUUACCAAACAAUCUCAAAAGACAUGAGAAUUCACACUAGACAGAAACUCUAUAUUACUUGAUCUCUGUCCAAGUCAUUUUUAUUAUUAAAUGUUUUUAUAUAACUGCUGUAAUUUGUAUAUUGUUAAGAGAGAACUUGCGUAACAUUUGUAAGUGAAAUUUCGUUUGACGUAAGUGUGGACAAGAAAAUGCUGUCUUUGUUCAUCGAGGGAAACUUUUACUUAUGAGCUCAAAUAAGUGCAGCAAGUUAAAAAUUAUUACUUAUAUUUACUUUAUGAGAAAAUGGUUCUCUUUUUAUUUUUAUAAGAUUAUUGUUUUAAUAAUUACUGGUUCUUAGAUACAACACUGAAUCGCUUUAGUAUUUUAAUGUCUUUCUGGUAUUCUGACGAUUUCAAUUGUUUUGAGGCAAUGGAUUGUUCAAUUGAGACCAAUUCAUUUGUCAGUGUUAUCAAUAAAUGUGUUGAGGGAACACUGAGAAUGAAGGAGAGUUCUCACUUACUAUUUCUGAUCGCAAAGAUAAUUAUGUUUAUUGACAUCUACGAAUUUAUUUUUGCUGACAGAACCCUGGUUUCGGUCUCAUUAUGAAGCUGAAUGAUUGUACUGUAUAUCUUUACUUUUAAGUGAAGUAGUUUUGUAAAAGUGAUGUAAUUUAACUUACAUUUGUUCAGUGAGAAAGUAUAAUAGAUUUUCUUUCCAGUGACUUACUUGUUUAUGCAAUUUGUCUGGUAGUUUGCUCAUAAACAGUAAGGAAAAUUAGGUAAUAUUAUUUUUCCUUAAGCAAACAUAUUUGGUUUUCAAAGAUAUUAAGAUAAAACACAAUAUGCUUCAAAAGGUUUUGGUUCUUCAGAGAUGUCCAGGUUUCUUCAUUUGGCAUCAUCCACGGGGUUAAUGUUUGCUAAUGUUGUCCUGAACAGCUUGAUAGUUUUGUCUAGA